UUUUAUUUUCUGCAGCGUUUAAAUAUAUUUUUAAAUAAUAUAAAUUGAGUAUAGUUGAUUACAAAUGGAUUUAGAUGACUUAGAUAUCUACGAAGAUUUGGAUACAUUCCAGCAAGAUGAAGAAAAGAAAACCGCAGAACUUCUUUCACUGGAAGCAAAGUAUAAUGAUUCCCUGAAAACGAUUGAAACUUUGCAGUUGGAAAAUGCGGAUUUGAAAAAACAAAUAAGACGAAUAGGUAUCAAUUUUCAAAACUUGUUGGACACAGCAAAAGCAGAGAUCAAACGCAAGGACAAACAAAUCGAACAAUUACGCAAAGAGAAGGAUGAUAUCUGCUUCAGACGUAAACAACCAAGAAGGGAAUAUACAGAUGUUGCAAGCACGUCGCAAAACACAAAUACUUGGUUUAAAAGCGAAAUACCUACAGCAAAUACUAAUGAAAAUGCGCAAAUCACCAGCAAAAAUGUUGAAGCCAUAGACAAUGAACAACCGAGUGCAACGUCGUACAAUACACGCGGUCGUGAAAUUACACAUGAACCCGAUGACUAUAAAAAACAAGAACGUCGCAAUGAAAGUUUGGAGCGUAAGUACGAUUGUGAUCCUACGCGUGAAAAAUACAACAGAAGCAAUAACCAGAGGGAACAGCAUGUGUCGAGAUACAAUGCGCGUAGUACGGAACGUGAUGGAAAUUUCCGGAACGCCACAAGAGAUUAUAGUCGGAGUCAUGAUAGCAGAACAGUUGAUAGGGGUCAUAACGUUAAAAAUAAAAAUUUUAACAGCGAAACUGAAAAAGAAUCAUAUAACAGCACAGACAAUGACAGACGACAACAUUCCUAUGAUAGAUUGGGCGACCGUUCAAGAUAUCACGGCAGAGAGGAAAAAACCAAGUCUGAAAGUUAUGCUGGUCGCCAUGACAGGCGUAGCGAUAGUAAAGAAGCAAGAACCAAGUCUGAUAGUUCUGACGCUCGUUAUGACAGGCGAAGCGAUAGCAAAGGAGCGAGAUUCAAGUCUGAAAGUUCUGACGCUCGUCAUGACAGACGAAGCGAUGGCAAAGAAGCAAGAUUGAAGUCUGAAAGUUCCGAUGUUCGUCAUGACAGACGAAGUGAUAGCAAGAGACAUCACGAGGAUGCAAUUAAAAAAUCUAAGGAAACGAAUGAGAAAGCAUGUGAUAAAGUUAUGAAUAAUAAUAGAGAUAAAACUGUAACUUAUGCAAAAAAUUCUGAUGGCCUUACACAAAGUAAAGAUAUUCGUGGGAAAACACCGAAUCCUUUUAAAGAUGGAAGAAGGGAAGAUAAAUUAAUUGAAAAUCCCAAAUUUAGUGAAAGAACGCAUGAAGACACGAAGAAUAUGCAAAUAGGAGGUGAUUUUUUAGAUAAGCAUCUGCCAGCAUCCAAAGACUCACAAAGUCUUGAAAAAUUACCGGCAGAGCAAAAGCUAACCAAGGAAAAAUUAAUAGCGCUAGAAAAUGAGUUUUCUUGUAAAGAAACGGAUAAAAAUGCAAAUCGUUUGUUGUCGGCAGACGGUAUGACGACACCAAAGAAAACAACCUUGUUUGACGAACUUUUCGGAAACACACCCACCAAUGCGGGCGAUGUAAACAGUAAUGUGAUUGACUUUCGAAAGGGUAGCGGCAGUUCGGCAACAACCUCUCCCAGUAAUUAUACCGAUACCAGCGAGCCGACAAUAAUAUCUUCCACAGUCAAUAGUAAGAAAACAGACACGAAUGACUAUUAUAUACCAAUAAAAGGAGAACAAAACAGGCAAAAUAAUAAUGAUGCAAGUCUUGUGACGAACAGCGGUAACGGUGGUUUGGUGGGUGUGGAGCUUAUUUCCAGUCUCACUAGUAAAAAUCAAGCUGCAAAUGAGAAUUCAGCUGAAAAGUCAGUCACUUGUGUGAAAACAAACGAAGAAACGGUAGAUUAUGCCAAAAUAGCCACAAUUUUACUAUCAGAAGACGAGGAAGAGACUGAAAUUGAGCAAGCAGCUGAAACACACGAAGAUGAAAGCGUCAAAAAUGAAGUCAAAACUAAUGGGAAUAAAAUUAAUGGUGGCAUACAAAUUUUGUCGAACAUACGUCUACCCAAUAUUUAUGAGAUACGUGCACACCAAAGACGACUUCGGGAACUCGCUGCAGCUAAAAAGGCCAAACGCGCUAAGAUUGCGGAAACAAACAAUAUAAAGCAAAAUGCAGCACAAAAUAUUACUGAAGUGGUUGUGCCAGUUUCGGAACUCGUUACCAAAGGCUUACAAAAGAACUCGACAACAACAACAACCGUCGCAAAAAAUAAUGAAGCUGUUGAUUUGGAAGAGGAAAGCAUCGAAGCAAAAGUUCAACUGGAUAAAAGCACGCAUAAAAACUCAUCACAGCUAAGCGCUGGAAUUAGUGUUGACACAAAUGCCACUAUACUUAAUAAUGAAAUCACGACAGAAGUGAGUAGUUCAGAUGCAACUAAAAUCGCUGACCAGCAAAGCAUAGAAAAUUUAAAGUUGGUGAAUAAAAAUGUUACGCCGCCUUUGGAAGCGAACACGGAAGCUACGCAUAAUGAUAAGUCUGUUGCUGACGAGUCCAUAAGAUCUAAUAAUACCGAAAAAUCCGGAGAGGUUCUAAACGAAACAGAGGGUAUUAGUGAAAUAGCCACUGCAGAAACAACAGAGAAAGUCGUGCAAAUAGCCACUGCAAAGACCAUUUUAACUAACGCUAUUAGUGAUGCAUUGGAGACUGUUGAGCUCAUAGUAGAAGAGGCGGUUGUCCCAAAUGAAACGAAAUCGACACAUACUGCAAUUAAAACGGUUAUAACAUCAGCUGUGAGUCCAGCAACUAAUAUCAACAAUGAAAAGAAUGAAUCUAGCGGUUUGUCUUUGAGCCCCACUACUGUGACUACUACUCCAAAUAACGAUAUGCCAGACAUGGAUUUGUUGACAGAUCUAUUGCCAGACGACAGUGAGAAAUCAAUAGUAGAGUGCAUAGAAAAUAUUAAAGAAACACAGGAAUUUGAUGAGAGUAACAACGGAAUUUCGCAGACCAAUAAGGCGGCGGAAAAUAUCGCAGCUAUGGCACUCUUGGAAGAAGAGUCAGCUCAGCUUAAAGCAUGUGGUGAAAAUACAAACCAUCUGUUACAAAAUACUCCAAUGGAUAUUGAAGAAAAAGAAUCGUGCAAGCAAAAUGCAAUUGCUCAGCAAAAAGAAAUUGAAGAGCAAAAAAUACAUAUUACAGACGAAGAGAACAUGCAAGCAACUGAAAAACUGAUUGAAGCUGUGAAUACUGCAAAUAAAACUAUGAUCGAAGUAAAAGUUGCGUCAGAGAAUGCUGAGAGCAACUGUGACUCAAUGUUAGGCGAAGAGAAGAGCGAAGAAAACAACUGUAAAACUCAUGAACUUAUUACAAAGCAAAAGCCAAUUGCACGAAGUGAGGUUGCCACACAAAAAGUUGUGCCUGAGUCGGCGGAAUAUACUUCAGAAGAAUUGCUUGACUCUACAGACACUACAAAUGAAAGUUUCAGUGAAACUGAAAUUGACAAAACGAAAUGCAGCGAAGUUACGGUACCUGAUGCCACAAACCCAAUUAUAAAUGAAACAGAAAGAAGUGCUGAUUGGAUCAGAAACCUUUUUGAUAAGUCAGAGAGUACAUUACCCAACGGCAUUUCUGAAGAAACCGCUAUUGCAGAAAACACGACUGAAAAUGGUAGUGAUCCUGUUAGAGAGAAGUUGGAGAGUACAAAACGUAACGGUAUUUCUGAAGAAACCGCUAUUGCAGAGAGUGUAGUGGUCCUGUUAUUGAAAAGUCGCAGAGUACAAAGCGUAACAGUACCUCAGAAGAAUUCUCAAGUGCACAAAUCACCGCAGAGAGUGGUAGUGAUCUUUUUAAUGAGAAGUCGGGGAGUACAGAACUCAACAGUAUUUCCGAAGAAUUCUCAAUUGCAGAAAGCACGCCAUCGAGUGGUAGUGGUCCUAUUACGGAAGAGACGGAGUGCACUAAACACAUCGGUAGUUCUGAAGAAUCCGCUAUUACUGAAGGCACAACCGUUGUCGACGAAAAUGAUCUGUGUGAAACCGAAGCUGCGGUGUCUUAUUUAAUUAAACAUGGACAAGCCGACCAAUAGCUUUAUAGAUGGAAAUGAAAAAAUAACGGAAGUUCAAAAUGUGCCCAACAUAGAGACGAAGAAUGCGGUGGAAUCAAAAGUAGUUGAGAAGCAACCUAAGGCAGUCGAUAACCAACGGAAUAAAAAUCCAAAAAGUAAAGCGAAAGAACUUCCGAAUACCGUAAAUAUUACCCCCGAACGUAAUGUGGUUAUUGAGAAUAUGAAGCGGUCCGAAGUUUUGUGGAAAUUUAAAAUACCUAAAAUUUCUGCGAAAAGGAAGAGAGAAGAGAGCGUCGAUGGUAGUAGUGCAAAAGAGAGUAAGAACGCAGGCACUGACGUAGUUAAAAAAGAGAAACUUUCUCUUAAAGCAGAAGAACCAAUAAUUCCAUAUAAGAAGAAGAAGAAUGAAAAGUUAACACCAAAACAUAUGCCAGAGGAAACAAAGAUGCUUGAGAUCAAUGGAAAUAUAGACAAGAAUCUUUUAGAAACGAAAACACUAUUCGAGAACCAAAAGAAAAGUGAGCGCAUCAUAAAAGAAAUCGAUAACUGGGCAAGACGGAAGGUGGGCGAGACAACGGAAAUUUUCGAAACAGAAAAUCAAAUAGAAUAUAUACAAGCACCCAAAGUGUCUACCAACAAACACGACGCAACUGUGAAAAAGACACACAGUAAAGAUGAAAUACACACAGUACAAAAGACUGAUGAACACAAGGCACACAAAGAUAAAAAUAGUGAAAGUACUACGAUUGAUGUCAAAUGCAACACCGCAAAACAACGGGAUCACAAUAAGCCGCCAACAGAAGAGAGAAGUACUCGUGAGCGCAGUAGUGAGAAGAGAGAUCAAACACAAAUGUUAAAGGGACAGAACACAAAAAUUCAAGAGCGCCGAAAGAGUCAACCAAAAGUAGAGCACGACGAACACUCACAAGGCAUGAAACCUCGAAAUGGCAAACACGAUGUGGAGAUCCAUAAGGAAAAGAGUCAAACAAGUGACGAAAUGGCAGCUAAAUGUGGGCAAAGGAUUGUUACAAAGGCUCAGCGUGGUGAAUUAAAAACUUUAAAGGUCGAAAUUAGUGUAAAAGCAAAUAAUACCGUUAAAAAUGCGCUUGGAAGUCAUGAGUUUGAGGAAAAAUCUAAGAAUUCUUCCGACAGCAAUCUUCAAAAUGAAAAUGCCGUUAAGAAAGCGCAUGAAAGUUUGAAAUUUUCCACUAAGGAGCACAUAACCUCUAAAUCACAGGUGGCAGUAGCUGCAGUUUCCUGCGAAAUAAAUAAUGUGAAAUGUGAUAUCUCAAAAGAGCCAGCAGCCGAUUUAAAACAGAAGAAAGUAAGCCAUAAAAAUUAUUUGGUUGCGAAGAAGAAAUCAACUGAGCAGGAACUGAACGAAGAAGACGCUGAUAACCACGUAAAGCGCGCCAAAUCUGAUAUAGGCGGAGGUAAAAAAGAAAAUGUACAAAAACUAACGGUAAAAGAACUUACUACUACCGAAGAGAUGCAAGUUGUAAGCGACUGCCAUACAAAAACAACAAAUGAUCAUCAAAGAAUCGCAACCGAAUUUAACCAAACACCGAAGCGUCGUAAUACGAGUACAAGCAGCGAUGAUUCGGAAGUUAUGUCCAAGUCGCAACGACCUAAACGCUUUAGAAUGCGUAUUGAAGACAGCGAUGAUGAUGAGGAGUAUGCAACGCACUCGUCGCCUACAGCAGUGCCGGAACCAACAGAGUCACUUGUUGAUGUGGCACGAAAAAAUAAAGAUAUUAUCGAUAUACUGCAAAAUGAUCGUGCCAGUGAGUCGAAUGACAAUCUGCCUGCGCCGCAAACACCGACCUCACUACCGAUGAACGUCAGUCAGGAUGCCGAAUAUGAAGAGAUCGAUUCGCGGCUGCAAUUAAUGUUCGCUUCGCCCAAAAUUGCCAACAAAACAUCGUCCAGCAAUUCACUUCCAGUCGCCAACCAGCUUAAGACUCAACUACUGCAGUCCAACUUGCAGGAUAGUGCAAUUGUAGAGGCUGUAACUGGCACUGUUUCGCCUAAAAUUGCAGACAAAACGUCGUCUACCGACCAACUUGUGAUCGAAACCCCGAUUAAGCAGCCAAUUUUGGAAGAUCGUGCAGUUGUAAUGGGACUAACUUCGCCCAAACCUGCACAUAAAGCGUCGUCUGCCCAACCGGUUGUCGCAAACCCGAUUAAAUCCCAACUAACGCAGCCAAUUUUGGACGAACAUGCAGUUGUAACGGAACAAUCUUCGCCCAAACCUGCACAUAAAGCGUCGUCUGCCCAACCGGUUGUCGCAAACCCGAUUAAAUCCCAACUAACGCAGCCAAUUUUGGACGAACGUGCAGUUGUAACGGACAUGACUGGUACCGAAGCACCAAUCGGUAUUGACUUACCUCUCACUGCAUCACCUGUUGGCGAUGCAAAACCACCCGCUGAUUUCAAUGUUACGGACAGCUUCCUCAGCGACAUCACCGCCAACUCUUUCUUCGCCGCCGAUAUGAAUGUAACCAUAGAAGAAACCAAUCAUACCAACACCUCGCUCAGCGACAGCAGUUUGAGUACGAAGCACAUUUCGCUCGGUUCGAGUGAUUACCGUUUUGAAAAGGUUUCGGAGAAUGUUGUGAACCUAUUUAUAACGCGUAAACGUCGGGGCAAGCGAAAGCCAACUGCCACUAUAACAACAAAUACAGUAUCGGCAACUUAGCUUGUAAGCACACCACGAAUGUUGUAUAUUCGAAUAUAUAUACUAUAUACAUAUAUAGUUACAAAAACUGAA